AUGGCCAUCGACCCCAGCCGACAGUCUCCCCGCGUCCCUCCGGAGAUCUCAGACGAGAUCAUAAAACACCUCGAUCCAACAGUGGACAGAAAGACACUCCUCCAGUGCGCCCUCGUCUCCCACACCUGGCAAGCAGCCAGCAAAUACGUCCUCAGUGCCGAACCCGGGUUCCUUACCCUUGAGAACGCCUACAUUUUUGUCGCACGGUUCUGUUCCACUCUUGAUCCAACACUACCCCCUAGUCUCUUCGCCAAUCUCCGUACCGUCGCUCUUCGCAGACUGAUGAUGGUCGUCGACGACCUCAGCCUCGAAGCUGCGUAUUUUCUCGAUCAGCCCUCCAUAUCCAAUUUACCACGUGUUACACGUCUCACAAUCUUGGCCACCAAGGGCACAACAGCGAAUCUGCUCGCCGUCGCGCGACGACUCGUGCAAGGGAGUAGUCCUCGUCUGCACGACAUCGAAUUCUACUGGGACGCGGAGGCCCUCACCAGCGCAUCACCCGCAGCCCUCGGCGAACUCGGCGAACUCACAUCAUGUGCCCCGUUUUCGGCAAUGAAGACGGCAACCUUCUUCCUGGAUAUGGAGCGCAGCUGGGACGGGGAGGAUGACUAUCACAUCGCGGUGAAGGCGGCGUGCGCGUGCGUGGUGGAGAUGCUGACAGGCGCUUUGCCCGACUUCGUGCGGAAGACCCAAGUGGAGGUGGACAUGUACGGGAACAGUCAUGCCCGCGUUCGGAUGCCGGUCGUCUCUCCGAUCCCGCCCCCUCCUGCGCCAUCUCCGUGA